ACCAACAUGAUACACACUGUGAGGGACUCCAGAGUGAUGCAACAGCUGAAAGACAACUGUUCCGCCCUGGAGCGACAAGGAGCUGUUGGUUUACUCUCUGAUGCCUAAUGAGUCUACGUUAGCAUUACAGGAAGCAUAGUAAAGGGCUAGGCACUGAGCGGUUGUCCCAUGUGGUCUGUUUGUGCUGGUUGGGUUUGGCCUUAGGCAAACUCAUACACAGACACUGCUAGACACCCUAAAUAGAAACUAGCACUGGAUAUUAAUGAGCCAUUGAAACAAAUGAAAUGGAAUAUUUAAAAAAGGAAGAAAAAGAGGCAGUACAAACAUAACAACACACUCGGACGAGGGCCCAUACACACUGUACACCACACGCACAUACACACCCUAUACUUUAUGGGCCAUUUUUAACCGGCACUAUUUGGGCCGACUAAACUCUGGCGUUUUUAUGACACUCCCCUGCUUAAAUUAAUUACGGGUUGGCCGAGGCAUGCGAGCACCAGUGGUAAUAACCCACAGGGGCCGGUCGCCUCGCAGUGAGAGUGGUGAUUAAUGAAAGCCACACUGUCCUGAUUGGUCCACAAAUGAAAUUAGAACUUGACUCACUAACUCAUUAGAAGGCAAACUGUGACUUCUACUCUAAAAUGAAAGAAAAACUCCAGAGAAUCUAAUGUUCUCUGCUGAUUUCAUUCUGUACAACGACAUAUGGUGACAGCGGUGGGUUUUCAGUCGUACUGUCACGACUUCCGCCGAGGCUGCCUCCCCUCCUUGUUUGGGCAGGUUUCGGCGUUCGUCGUCACCGGCUUACUAGCUGCUGCCGAUCCAUUUAUCCUCACUCCACUUGUCUUGUCUAAUUAAUCACACACACUUGGUCCUUAUCCCCAAUUAGUCAUUGUAUAAGUGUUCCCUCUGCUUCCUUGUCUGUGUGGGUGAUUGUUUGUUGUGAGCUGUGUGUAGCUCGGUUGAGCUACACUUACCUUGUUGUUGCCAGGGUAGUAUUUUCCCCUGUGCCUGAGUGUUGUUGUCGCAUGCUUGCACAACUGUUUAUCGACGGAAUAAACUCUUUGGAUGCGUAUUACUCUCCUGCGCCUGACUCCUUCUAUCACACGCAUCACACGUACAGUGUGUUCAAGUCACGGUAUACCAUUUUGACAUGUUGGCCCAUUUCGGUUAUCAGUCCUGCCAAAUGACUGAUGUUAUCAGCCUGUUCUUUUCUUCUCUCCUGCCCAUUUAAUUAGAAUAAAUACAGCUAGCUAGUGUUCUGUUUUUAAGGCAGGUCUAAUUCUUCCAUUGACGUUCCCACUGAUAGUAUGGCUUAAUUAACGCUGCUCUCGUUGACAGAUUCUUCUCUCUUGGCUCUGUUGCUUUCCAUUGUCCUGGUCUGUCUGUUCUAUUGUGUCUCUGCUGUCGACUGCUGUCUAUGGACUAGUUGAUAACUACAGUACCUCUCUACAUCACUGUUGCUUAUUGAGUGCAAUGUGUUUUUUUAAAAGCACUGCAGAUAGGAUGUGUUAUGAUAAUGAAGAAUGGGAGGUAGAGAAAGAUAAUUAUUCGAAUGAACAGGAUUCAUUCCCUUUGAAUUUACUCAAUUUAGGAAAGGAAUGGAAAUUCCAAUUCAAGAAUUCAAAAAUCUUAAUGGAAAAUAAAUGGCACUUUUCAAAUCUUGAAUUCACUGAAUUGAAAUGGAAUUGAGCCCAUCCUUGCUAAUAAGCACUACCAUCAUCAUCAACAGCAUCAUUCUGAUCAGCCUUCACCGAUAUUAAUGUGUUGUUGUGAUCGCCAGCUGGACCCAGACAACACCGGUUUCAUCGCAGUGGAGAACUUCACCAGUCUGGUGGAGCACCAUGAGCUGCAGCUGGACCCCUCCAAACUGGACAUGCUGUUCGCCCUGGUGCAGAGCAACGAGGAUGGACAGGUGUGCUACCAGGAGCUCAUCGAGCUGGUGAGUGACUGGGAACGGACACGCAGACACACACACACACAGAAGCACGUAGAGGACACACACACACACACUUGCUACAGAAUGAUUCGAGAAAAGACAGCGAGGAGGUUCGUGAUGACAAAAUGUACCUGACCAUUGAAGUAUUUAGUUCUUCAGAAAGAGGUUUGAUCUUUCUAAUUAAAUGUAAUUAUAAAUACACACAAACAGAAUGCAAUGAUAAAUAAAUACACACACACACACACACACACAAGUGCCACAGACACACACACACACACACUGUGAUACAUUAUACUGUAUUAGCUGUUGGUGGAGAAAAGGUGAAAACCCUGCCUCAAUGUCUUCUACUGAGAAAUGUCUUGUGAUGCUGCUAGGAGGUCAGAGAUAUUCUUAUUCAUUCCUCUCCACUUAACCAGUCUGUGUUUAGACCUUUGUUCCUAUAUAUUUGAAUUAAUGCAAAGCCUUUUAAAGGGGCUGAGGUGAUUCUUAGCCCUGAGUAUAGUCGUAGAUCAGAGCAUGUUUCUUCUCCUCACAGCAUAUGGGUUUAAGCAGCGUGAUUAAUUCAACGCAAUGCAAUUCCUGACAUAUUUUCACUUCCCUAAGCUGAUUCCUUCCUUCGCUCUGUUCUGCUCAUGGUUUGUAAUGAUAGCUGUUUCAUUUAGUUCCCCUUCCAAAUGUUCAGGUCUCGCUUCUAGUGUGUGAGCAGCAAUGCAGAUGCAGGCGCUCUCGCUGACAUUUCAACCCCUUCCUUUAGUUUGCCCUCCUCCUAUCAUCCACCCUCCCUUUUUGGAUCUUCACGCCUCUUCCUUCUGUUACUCCCUCCAUCUCAGAUGUGAUACUCUUCCCUCUGACUACUCCCUUCUGCAAAUCUUAUCCUCCUUUAAUUGUACCCCUUUUUUCAUAACGUAACCCCCUCUCUCCCCAAUAUCACCCCCCCCCCCCCCCCCUUUCCUUUAACCCCCCUCUGUCAACCGCUCAGAUUCUGUUUUCUUCUCUGUCACCCGUGCAGCUCCAGAUCUUAUGUUAAAACCCUCCCCAGGUUUAGGCAGCAUCAGUAAGACAGUUUAACAUUCACCGUCAGCCAAAUGCAAAUUGGGUUCGAUCAGCCCAGCAUUGGUAGUAGCAGGCAGUAAUCUAAGGUAAUUUGAGAAUGCACAGCCUCACAGAUAUCGACAUCCAUGUCUGAUUGGUAAAGAUUUGUCUGACACACAUGUGCACACACACAGUUUGCAUACAUUUUCACUGAAUGGGCACACACACACUCACAGAGGACGUGCGCUUGCUCACUAACACAUGAUCAGGAAAGCUAAUACAUGCACACACAGACUCAUUCACCUUACACAUGUUCACCAUACAGAUUUGCUGACUAAUUUGGAUGAUAUUCAAAUGCUGACGGGAAUCUGUUCUCUUCUCUGUGUGAUGUGUGUCUUAUAAGAGCGGGUCUGUACUGGUGGUGCUCUGGUUUAGUUUGUCGGAGAGAACAUGCAAAUGUAGCGUGACAUUUCGAACCAGGUCAUAACCAAACUGAGAUCCCCCCCAGCCUCCCUCUGGUUGUCUUCUUCUCUCUCUCUCUAUCACACUUUAUUUGUCCUUCUCCCUUCCUCCUUCUGCCCCCUCUUUCUUUCUUUCUUUCUUUCUUUCUUUCUUUCUUCUUUCUUUUUUCUUUCUUUCUUUCUUUCUUUCUUUCUUUCUUUCUUUCUUUCUUUCUUUCUUUCUUUCUUUCUUUUUCCAUCUCCUUCACUUUUCCUCUGUCUGUCUGCCUGCCUCUCUCUCUCUCUCUCUCUCUCUCUCUCUCUCUCUCUCUAUCUCUCUCUAUCUAUCUCCCCCUCCCUCUCUUUCAGGGAGAUUUAUAAGAGGGACACCAUUGACAGUAUGUGAUGGAUGAAUGGUAUUUUGAGUUGGAAAGUGCACCGCUGCCAUUAUAUUAUCACCAGUGUCUACAGUCUGCCGUCUGGACCUGAAUUAAGACCUGGCCAAGAAGAUAAAAGACCCCUGCCUGUGGAGCUGGAGCAGUGUGUAGUGGGCUGUGUGUGUUUUCACACAUCUAUGCACUGUGCACUCUAGAUACUGUACAUCAGCAGUUAUGUCUAACUUUCAAUCCUGACGCUCUUUUGGCCCCGAGGCGCUGUUACUUUCAUCCUGCUAGUCUGCUGAACGGGGAUGUUAAACUCUCCUAUAUUGGUCUUCGGGCUGUGUGAGUUAUUGAUCCACACAUACUGUCUCUACAUGACUGGGUGUACAUUUGUCGGAAGCGAGCUCUUGGCCCACAAGUUCAGUAGCAUGUGAGUGUGGAAAUGUGUUUGAAGUCCCAUGUUUUUCAUGCUGGCUGAUCAGAGCCAGAGAGCUCCAUCAGACCAGCCUGAGGGGUGAAUAACUAGCGCUCCGCUAAAGCCUCUCAUGGGGGUCGCAGACCUGUACUCCGACAGGCCCACACACACUUACAAACACACAUACACAUACACACACACACACACACUUACAAUGUUUACAACGCCGGCUGAAAUGAGAUGAAAACAGAACUGGUUGACGACUUUUUUCAAAUCCAAUGUCUUUUGCACGUUGAUUCCACAUCACAAUACGUUGACACUUUAUGUUGAAACAACGUAGAUUCCACCACACACCUCAUUGUCAGGUGACUAUUUUCAGGAAAAAUUCCUUUCCCUAGUCAUUGUUCAUCCUUAAUCGGAGAGAUACACCAAUACGGAUCCCACCGCUGCCACCAUCUGUCAAUGUGCGUUGUGUUGUAGUCAUGACAGAAAAAUAUAUAAAACGUUAGGCAAACUUUACCACGCAUGCUUCAGUCAGCUACAGUACAUAGUCAAGUGACAAUAUUUCCUGUUUCCUGUUUAACACUAAUAUUGCUGCAGGGAUUCUCUGUGUUUCUGCUCCGCUUGAAGAGGGGAUGAGGUAGAGCACCGUAUGUCACCUGUGACCUGACUGAAGCGCUCUUUGGGAGUGUUUAGUGUCCCCAGCAAGGCCAUUUGGGAUAUUUAGUGGCUCCAGUGUGGUCGUUAUAGUGUUUACAGACUUCAAUAGGGUCGUUCUAACAGUGUUUAGUGCCCAGGGUGCAUCUGUCUUCUGAGUCGACAAGCAGGGCCUCACUGGAUGGAAAGACAACACACACACACACCCUCGCAACACACACACACAAACACACACCCUCGCAACACACACACACACACACACACACACAAACACAGACAAGCACCAUGUCUCUUUUAGUUGGGUUGCUGGCUACAAAGUGGUGCACUUUGCUGAAGUGUCGUGGAGUGAAGGUUUUUCCAGUUUAGGUCCUGAUGAUUAAACCAUGAAGGAGGGUUGUGGCUGUGGGCUGCUAGGGAGAUAAAGGUGGGCUCUCAUUUUAAAAGGAUUUUGGUAGAAUGGCUCUGAGAAUCUGGGUCAGUGGAGAAGGUGAGCGAACACAGUGAUUUAGUUUAUCUUAUGUUACUGUGUGUGUGUGUGUAUGUGUGUGUGUGUGCUUUUAAUAGCUUAAUAAUACAUUAUAAAUGACCAGUAAAUGUGUGGUAAAUGGUGUGCUGAUCCUGUUUAGCAGAACUAAGUGAUGGUGAGUCAUUUACUACAUGGUGAUUCAGGAACAUUAGGAUUCCAACCUGGUUCUGCACAGUAUGUAGUAAAUUAUUGAGUAACAUUCAUUGAAUGAUUUCUGCAUUGCUUGCUGUUUGUGAUUUUAGACUGGGUUUCUGUAUAGCACUUUGGGACAUCUGCCAAAAAAAGGGCUUUAUAAAUAAAUUUGAUUUGAUUUUUCAUCAAGCUAGUUAGCUUUAGAGCCUGGAGGACUCUGUGUAAGAGCGAGAGCUGAUGCUCUCCCAAUCAGCUAUUCAUUAAAUAAGUUUGAUUUUGCACCAAAGUUCAGCUCACAUUGUUUGGUGAGCAUCAGGCCCAACUUUGGAAAUGUUCUGGAAUGGAUAGCCUGAAUCAUUUAGAAUGACUCUAUACCAAACUCAAUAUACACAUGUACCUCUAUAUAGAGACGACUAUGGAACAAAUAGCAUCUUUAUGUGUCAUUAUUAAUUCAAACUAUUGAGCAGUACAGUAUUGACCAAACACCAGUACUAAUUAAGUCAUGGACAGAGGCUGGAGCUGAGCUGAGUACCAACAUGUACUGUAACCCCACACACUGUUCUCAAGGAGGGGAGUGUGAGCACCCUGCUGUUUUAAAUACACACGUGUGCACGCACGCACACACACGCACACACACACACACACACACAUACACACACGGGCAUACACACGCAAACACACACCGAUGUCAAUUAGGUUCAUUCCGGUCUCCCUGGAAGUUAAUUAUAUCUUUAGCUCCAUCUUUAGCCAUAGCCUUUAAUAUCAAUUAUAUUCCCUGGCAGAAAUCUCCUUCUUGUCAGGGGAGUUUUAGCUGCGGACCUUGUUGAUGCCAUAGUCUGAUGUGAUGCUAGCACACCCUGCUAGAGUGCUCCUACUGAGUUUCUCAGGGCUCACCAGUCAAGUCAUCAGCUUCCGUGCUAACGUGCUUUAUUGUCUGCCUCCCUCUCUCACAUCCCGAACUUCAAAGGCCGCUUAAUUCUCACUUUAGAAGCGGCGGUCCCUCAUGUCGGAGGAGAAGGCGGGGCAGAAUGACAAGUGUCUAUCUGGAAAUGUCUCCCAGGAACAUUCAGGAGCUCAAAUGUCAGAGAGCGAGAUGAAACGUGUCGCUAAGAGGAGAGGCAGCAGGUGUUUUGGGAGAACAAACAGAUAAAACACUGGAAACACAGGCAUCGUUUAGAAAAGAAAUCCCACACAAACACCUUCCCUUUCUCCCAUUCAGUCUCUUAAGUCUUCUAAUAAAGACAUUAUUGAAGACAGGUGGAAACAAUUCACUUCCGCAGUCCAACGGCAGCUGUCCUUUCCCGGAGCGAGUCGAUCCACACAGGUAUCCCAUUUUCCCUACCUAAUUUUCCUUUCCUUACUUCCUAAUGUCUCCCUCCCAUCUCUUCUGCUUUCCUCUCCCUCCUAGCGCACGGACAGUAUAAUUGCAUUUCCUGGGCUUGAUCUCCAUGCUAAAAUAUGCAGUGGUGCAGCCACGGGAGGGCCGGCAGCUCCUCUCAUGCUCACGCUGGUUAUCAACAUGCCACAGGCCCACACUCGCUCAUUGUUCAACCCCGGCAUCGUAAUGACUUAAUAUGUGUCUCACGGCAUCCCGCUCCGCUAAACUUCACCACCACCAUCAUCCACUACCGCUCUACAGACUAACUAUAUUUCUGUUAUUCCUAAAUUAUUUUCUUUCAAGAUUCAUUUGUUUGUUAUAUAUUUCUUAGUGUCCUUGUUUUUUUUUAUUUUGUUAGCGCUGUAUUGAUAUUGCCCCCGAUUACUUUCAUUAUUAUACUCCCCGCAGUGUCCGGAUGUAAUGAGCCUGCACACGACAGCACCUAAUGAAUUAUGGUUGGUUUGCUUUAGCUGCCUGUCUGGUGGGGUCUGUGGCGACUCUGACAACUGCUGCAGUAUAGAUGGAUACAGUAGGAAUGUGGCUUGCAAUAUUGUUUGUGUAUCAUCUUGGAUUUAAGCAUUUCUCCAUUGUAUAGGUAAACACAGAUCAGUUUGCUUUUUCCAGUGUCCUUUCCUUGUAGAGCUUUUCAGAUUCAGAUUUAUUGUCGUCAUAAGAGGACGUUCAUUUUCUUCCAGAUUCAUGCUACAAUAUGUUUGUCAUCUAGUAACGUUUAUAUAUUUUUUUGGUGGUUGCACCAGGGUGUUAUCUCAAGAUCCUACUAAAGCUGCAAACUUCCAGGGUUCCAUGUACCAAGUCAUGCUAGCACACAGCUGUAUUGUUACUGCUCACUUAGAAAACCUGGAGUAUCCGUGAUACUACUGUUAUUUUACUGCUGCUCUUUAAUUAUUAUAAUUUUUUUUUUGUAUUUUUUUUUUUACUUAUCUAUUUUUUACUGAACACUUAUUUUUCUUAAAACUGCAUUGUUGGUUAAGGGCUUGUUAGUAAGCAUUUCACUGUAAGGUCUACACCUGUUGUAUUCGGCGCAUGUGACAAAUACAAUUUGAUUUGAUUUGAUAACAGGAGGCUGUCAUCCGUCUCCCCACCGCAUUCUCCACUUUCCGCCGGGUUGAACAGUUCUACUCAGCAGAGCUUUGCCCCUCAAUGGCAAAAUCACACGGUUAUUUUGAGUGAAGAGAGGCACCAUGUGUACCUGUCAAUGCAAGGCAGCGCUGAAAUAAUCUCCUCCACUUUUAGCCCCGAACGCUUCAAGUUGACGUGCGUCUUUUCUCUCCCUUGGAAGCUGGGAGAACGGAGAUUCUCUUUGUUUGAAGUAGAGUGCAGCUGGCACUUUGAACGUCUUAGCCCCAGCUAGGCUACAUGGCUUUUCAGUUCUCUGUGCCUUCAAAAGUUUGCUUCAGCACUGUAGGAAGACAUAGGGUUGCUGCAUAAUAGUUGUGUUUCAACUUCUAAAAGCAGUUGCAGGCAUUUAGCAUGACAAUUCAAAUUAGCUAUCAAAUUAUAGAUUCAAAGGAAUACUAACUUCUCUCUUUCCUUCUCUCUCUCUCUCUCUCUCUCUCUCUCUCUCUCUCUCUCUCUCUCUCUCUCACUCGCUCUCCUUCUCCUUCUCCUUCUCCCUCUCGCUCUCAUUCUCAUUCUCUCUCUCUCUCCUUCUCUCUCUCUCUCCUUUCUCUCUCUCUAUCUUCCACCCUCCUCAGAUGAGCAGCAAACGCUCCAGCAGUUUCCGACGGGCCAUCGCCAAUGGCCGCCGCACGCUGCAGCGGGAGAUUCUAUUGGACGAGACGGGCCUGGGCGUGUACAAGCGCUUUGUGCGCUACGUGGCCUAUGAGAUCCUGCCCUGUGAGACAGACCGGCGCUGGUACUUCCACCAGAACAGCUUGUGUCCCCCACCUGUCUUCAUGGCCAUCAUUACCAUCAUCCAGGUGAGAGGUCUCACAUGACUGAACUGCUCAUUGUUAAGACCAGUGGUUCCCAAACAAUAUUGCAUUGUGACCCACCUGAAGAUGUUAGUAUUUACUUAUGACCCUUAAAAUAAGCACAACAAUGUUUCUGUCAUAAAACAUCUUUAGCUUUGUCAUAUGAGGAAAUGGAUGUGAUCCAAUAAUGGGCAGUCUGGGCACUGACCCACGCUUGGGUAAACAGUGGUAUAUUCAAUGCCAGACCUCGAAGGCAACACUGUCUAUUGGCUUUCAUGCUCUGAUUCUUGGAUUCUUAUCAGCAACUGAUGUCGAACUGGGCAACCAAGCCAGUGGACUAUUCUCUGGCCAAUUUAGUGAUAUUAAUGGAACAAUUUAGUGACGGGAAAGAAAAGAAAACCAACAGACUGCUUUAUCCCCGGUGGCCAUGACUUGAAUAGGGAAUGCUAUAAAACCUGCUUCUACUCAAACUCACUGUCAUUCUGAAGAAAGCCAAGUACUGUAAGUGCUCUUAAAUGCUUCACAAUGGCAGUGAAUGGUCUGUAAUGACAAUUUGGCUACGAUAAAGACUAUUUCACUUUCAUUUAAAUUCAUGAAAUUAUGAUUAAUUGAUCUAUGAAAGGAGCUAAUGGAAUCGGACCAGCUCCGUGUGUCUUUCUGUAUGUGCAUCGCCUGUCGGUGAAAAUGGAAGUCUUCAGCCGACGCAAGGCAAAAAAAAAAAGACAACAAUCAUGGCAUUUAUUAGCUGAAUCACAAUUGGCUCCCAAACAGAACUCUGUACUAUAUGAUAUGAGUGUCUGAAUGAAGAGACGUGGGUGUGAACCAGCAUGUGUGUGUCGUCUCUCCCAUCAGAUCAUUGUGUUCAUGUGCUAUGGCAUCAUGCUGAAUAAGUGGGUGCUGCAGACGUACCAGCCAGACUUCAUGAAGAGCUCCCUGGUGUACCAUCCCAGACACCGCCUCCAGGUGUGGCGCUUCUUCAGCUACAUGUUCAUGCACGUUGGGUAAGAAACCACCCCACCUCAUUCACACACACACCAGCGCCUACACUCACACACACGCACACACACACGCACACACACACAUUCAUUCACUCACUCACAGUGUGAAGCAAAAAAUAAUUGAUACUGCAUUGACAGAUAAUGCCAUAGAUAGGAUUGAUGGAUAGAUGGUGAUAGAUGGCCCCUGUAGAUACCUUUGAUGAAGUGUCUAGACCAAAGGAGCUGAUUAAAACACUAUGCAUUAUUCAUUUGUCAUUGAGACCAGUGUCGUCCUCCUCCUGUUCACUGUGUCUCUCAGGUUGGAACAGCUGGGGUUCAACGCUCUGCUCCAGCUGAUGAUCGGCGUUCCCUUGGAGAUGGUCCACGGCAUCCUACGCAUCAGUCUGCUCUACAUGGCUGGUGUAGUGGCAGGUGAGUGUCACUGUGUUAGCAUCGUUUGUUGGUGUGAUAGUAUCGUGGGUUAAUGUGUUAGUAUCGCUGUAUUUUACUGCUGAUAGUACUGUAUGUUGAUACUUUGGUGUUUUAGUAUAUCAUUGUAAAUAAUAAUAUAAUAAUAAUAUGCCAUUUAGCAGACGCUUUUAUCCAAAGCGACUUACAGUCAUGCGUGCAUACAUUUUUUUUUUGUGUAUGGGUGGUCCCGGGGAUCGAACCCACUACCUUGGCGUUACAAGCGCCGUGCUCUACCAGCUGAGCUACAGUGUUGGUGUGAUAUUGUGGUUCCUUUGUGUGUUAGUCUGUUCGACAUGGCUGGUAAGUUAGCCAUAAAGGGUAAGUGUGCACUUCUGUUCUCAUCCAACACAGUGGUUUGUAUAAGUGUUUUAGUAUGUGCACUUCAAAGACCACGUACUGUUGUGGUCUGUUUGAUCCUUUUGAUAUAUGUGACCGACCGGCUCGAUUCGGUCUUAUGUAGCAACAUUUUGAAAUUGUGUUUUUUACAUUGGAUAAAAGUAGAGACUUAGAGCUAGUAAAUGGUAUAUCAUACUCUACAGUUGAGGAACAAUGGGAAAGUAAUUCUGCUUUGAAAGUUGAUAAACUUGUAACCCCACUUUUGAGAAAAUGGCCCUUGAAUGUUUCGGUACCUACUGGAGAGCUCUUCUUUGUCUACACCUAUUCAGCAUCGUUCACACCUCCUUAGCCCCACCCAUCUCUUAAAGGAUUCACAUGUGAGGCCAUGUGCUAAACAGUGAGUACGGUAGUGUAGUAAACAACCAAAGAUUUCAAGACUAAAGACUUGUUUUUACUACGUCUAUCGACUUGUCUGUAGCUAUACAGUUGUCGCAAUGACAUCAUGAACAUUCUAAUGUCGUCCGACAUCAAACUUGUCGUUUGUUAUGAAUAAGUAUAAACACAAAAACGACAGGCUGCAUGACAUUAGCAGCCUGGUGGUCCAAAAUAGCAUAACUGGGUGUAUUUUAACACCAACAUACCCAUCCGUUUACAAAUGAAUUUAGUAUAUGUCAAUCUAGCAAACCAGGCAACUAAAAACAACUUUCUAAACAUUUUUUUUUGUUUGUUUCUAGUGUGUUAGCUAGCUUCAGUGCGGUGAAAAAGUAUUUGCCCCCUUUACAAUUUUCUCUACUGUUAUCAGAUCUUCAACCAAAACCGAAUAUUAGAUCAAAAGGAACCUGAGUGAACAAAUAACACAAUAAUUACAUACUUAUUUAAUUUAUUUCAUAAACAAAGUUAUGCAACACCCAAUGCCUCUGUGUGAAAAAGUAAUUGCCCCCUUACACUCAAUAACUGGUUGUGCCACCUUUAGCUGCAAUGACUGCAACCAAAUGCUUGCUGUAGUUGUUGAUCUGUCUCUCACAUUGCUGUGGAAUAAUUUUGGCCCACUCUUACAUGCAGAACUGCUUUAACUCAGCAACUUUUGUGGGUUUUCCAACAUGAACUGCUCGUUUCAAGUCCUGCCACAACAUCUCAUUUGGGAUUAAGUCUGGAAUUUGACUAGGCCAUUCCAAAACCUAAAAUGUGUUGCUUUUUAGCCAUUUUCAUGUAGACUUGAUUUUGUGUUUUGGAUCAUUGUCUUGCUGCAUGACCCAGCUGCACUUCAGCUUCAGCUCACAGACGGGGAUGGCCUGACAUUCUCCUGUAGAAUUCUCUGAUACAGAGCAGAAUUCAUGGUUCCUUCUAUUAAGGCAAGUCAUCCAGAUGCUGAGGCAGCAAAGCAUCCCCAAACCAUCACUACCACCACCAUGCUUAACCGUUGGUAUAAGGUUCUUAAUGUGGAAUGCAGUGUUUGGUUUUCGCCAGGCAUAAUGGGACCCAGGCCCACCCAUGGCUGCGCUCCUGCCCAGUCAUGUGAAAUCCAUAGAUUAGGGCCUAAUGAAUUUAUUUCAAUUGACUGGUUGCCUUAUAUGAACUGUAACUCAGUAAAAUUGUUGAAAUUGUUGCAUGUUGCGUUAAUUUUUUUGUUCAGUUACAUCAUGGUCUCUGUGAGUCCAGGUCACCUAACUGUAUACAUGAACCACUUGUGUGCAGAGCAGUUCAGAGCAGGAGCUGACGCACUUGAGGGACUGUUGACAACAAACCUCCUUUCUUUCCGUCCUCCUCAAUGGCAGUGUGGAGAUUGAGACCUAUGAAUCCACUUUGAUUCUCUGAUGAUGUGGUUUCCGUUGCCAUAUCCCACCCCCACUACUGCAGAAAUCGUAUCGACUCUGAUGCGCAAAACUAUUGUUUCCAUAUCUCUCAUCUACACUCUGCAUGAUUUUGUUUUCUGAUGUUAUAAAUCACUUUCUCAAUGAUUGCUGUCAGAAGCUGAAGCCUAAUUCCAAUUGAGCGAUAUUCAUUAAUUAGUUUCUCAGUUGUCUACUAAAAACAUCCAUUCUUUCACUACCCCUAUUUUCCUCCUAGCGUAUAGAUGUAGGAUCUUAAUUUGAGCCAGCUUGGUACAGCAGCAAAAUAAUCCUGCAUCAACAGGAAAUAUGAAUUAUUAUGUGGGUUAUGAUUAAUGGAUAUUUUUGAUGGGGUUGAUGUAUUUUUCGUAAUGGAAAAUCAAGUCUGAAAUUUCAAAGUGGAAAUUACAAACUUCAGAAGCCUUUUUAAACCUCAAAUACACUGCAAGUUUUACAUUUCCUGCAUUGCAGUGAAGUUCUCCUGCAACAGUGUGAUCAAAUUAAGAUCCUACAUCUGUAAGCAGGUGUAAAUGUCAUUCAACUCCUUGUACUCCCUGAAAUUUACGCACCAGUGACUCGGUUAAUAAAAAAGUGGUCAGAUGACGCAGAUGCUAAGCUACAGGACUGUUUUGCUAGCACAGACUGGAACAUGUUCCGGGAUUCUUCAGAUAGCAUUGAGGAGUACACCACAUCAGUCACUGGCUUCAUCAAUAAGUGCAUCGAUGAUGUCGUCCCCACAGUGACCUAACGUACAUACCCCAACCAGAAGCCAUGGAUUACAGGAAACAUCCGCACUGAGCUAAAGGGUAGAGCUGCCGUUUUCAAGGAGCGGGACUCUAACCCGGACGCUUAUAAGAAAUCCCGCUAUGCCCUCCGACGAACCAUCAAACAGGCAAAGAGUCAAUACAGGACUAAGAUUGAAUCGUACUACACCGGCUCUGAUGCUCGUUGGAUGUGGCAGGGCUUGAAAACUAUUACAGACUACAAAGGGAAGCACAGCCGCGAGCUGCCCAGUGACACAAGACUUCCAGACGAGCUAAACCACUUCUAUGCUCGCUUCGAGGCAAGCAACACUGAAGCAUGCAUGAGAGCACCAGCUGUUCCGGAUGACUAUGUGAUCACGCUCUCCGUAGCCGAUGUAAGUAAGACUUUUAAGCAGGUCAACAUUCACAAGGCCGCAGGGCCAGACGGAUUACCAGGACGUGUACUCCGAGCAUGUGCUGACCAACUGGCAAGUGUCUUCACUGACAUGUUCAACAUGUCCCUGACUGAGUCUGUAAUACCAACAUGUUUCAAGCAGACCACCAUAGUCCCCGUGCCCAAGGACACUAAGAUAACCUGCCUAAAUGACUACCGACCCGUAGCACUGACGUCUGUAGCCAUGAAGUGCUUUGAAAGGCUGGUCAUGGCUCACAUCAACACCAUUAUCCCACAAACCCUAGACCCACUCCAAUUUGCAUACCGCCCCAACAGAUCCACAGAUGAUGCAAUCUCUAUUGCACUCCACACUGCCCUUUCCCACCUGGACAAGAGGAACACCUACAUUGACUACAUCUCAGCGUUCAACACCAUAGUGCCCUCAAAGCUCAUCACUAAGCUAAGGAUCCUGGGACUAAACACCUCCCUCUGCAACUGGAUCCUGGACUUCCUGACGGGCCGCCCCCAGGUGGUAAGGGUAGGUAACAACACAUCUGCCACGCUGAUCCUCAACACGGGGGCCCCUCAGAGGUGCGUGCUCAGUCCCCUCCUGUACUCCCUGUUCACCCAUGACUGCAUGGCCAGGCAUGACUCCAACACCAUCAUUAAGUUUGCCGAAGACACAACAGUGUUAGGCCUGAUCACCGACAACAAUGAGACAGCCUAUAGGGAGGAGGUCAGAGACCUGGCAGUGUGGUGCCAGGAUAACAACCUCUCCCUCAACGUGACCAAGACAAAGGAGAUGAUUGUGGACUACAGGAAAAAAAAGAGGACUGGGCACGCCCCCAUUCUCAUCGACGGGGCUGUAGUGGAACAGGUUGAGAGCUUCAAGUUCCUUUGUGUCCACAUCACCAACGAACUAUCAUGGUCCAAACACACCAAGACAGUCGUGAAGAGGGCACAACAAAGCCUAUUCCCCCUCAGGAGACUGAAAAGAUUUGGCAUGGGUCCUCAGCUGCACCAUCGAGAGCAUCCUGACUGGUUGCAUCACCGCCUGGUAUGGCAACUGCUCGGCCUCCGACAGCAAGGCACUACAGAGGGUAGUGCGUACGGCCCAGUACAUCACUGGGGCCAAGCUUCCUGCCAUCCAGGACCUCUAUACCAGGCGGUGUCAGAGGAAGGCCCUCAAAAUUGUCAAAGCCUCCAGCCACCCUAGUCAUAGACUGUUCUCUCUGCUACCGCACGGCAAGCGGUACCGGAGCGCCAAGUCUAGGUCCAAAAGGCUUUUCAACAGCUUCUACCCCCAAGCCAUAAGACUCCUGAACAGCUAAUCAUGGCUACCCGGACUAUUUGCACCCCCACCCCAUCUUUUUACGCUGCUGCUACUCUGUUAAUUAUUUAUGCAUAGUCACUUUAACUCUACCCACAUGUACAUAUUACCUCAACUACCUCAACUAGCCGGUGCCCCCGCACAUUGACUCUGCACCGGUACCCCCUGUAUAUAGCCUCCCUACUGUUAUUUUAUUUUACUUCUGCUCUUUUUUUCUCAACACUUUUUUUGUUGUUGUUGUUUUAUUUUACUUUUUUAUUAAGAAAUAAAUGCAUUGUUGGUUAAGGGCUGUAAGGAAGCUUUUCACGGUAAUGUCUACACCUGUUGUAUUCGGCGCAUGUGGCAAAUACAUUUUGAUUUGAUUUGACACAGUACAUUCUCAUGAAUUAUUGGAGCUUUGGUAAAAAUUUUUUUAUGAUGACAGAAUCGGAGAGAGGUGGAAAGAGAGAGAGCGAAAGCGAACGAGAGAAACUGAGUAAUGUAGGCUUCCUCUAUCUGGUAUUGGCAUAAUAGCAGCCGAGAUUCUGGGAUUUGAGCUGCAGUCGAAACUGAAGGAGGAGGAAAAGCAGUGGAGGGCCUGUUUGAAGCAG